AUGUCUGGACACGGACACGGACACGGAGGAGGCUGCGGGUGUGCGGCAGAGCAUGAUCCCGCGGAGAGAGGCGUGGAGUACGGUCUGUACCGGAGGAUCGACCUGAACAAGCUCCAGUGUCUGAACGAGACCAUAGACGGUACCGGGAAGCACGUGUUCAAGCCCUGGGACCAGCGCCGAGACCGAGAGAAGUUUGUGGAGAGUGAUGCAGAUGAAGAGCUCCUGUUCAACAUCCCGGGUGGGGGGGCCUGUCCCUGUGCUCCUCCUCUGACCUUGAGUAUGUAUUCUUCAGGGGGGGGGCCCUGUCCUCUGUACACCGCCCUGACCUGUCAGCACAAGUUGGCGUCCUGCGGCUCCAGGAACAUCCCCGUCCUUCAGUGUCACGGGACGUCUGACCCCAUGGUCCCCUUAGAGUUCGGCCGCGUGACCUCCGACCUGCUCAAGACCCUCGUCAACCCUCAGCUCGUCACGUUCAGCAGCUUCACCGGCCUCUCCCACAGCUCCUGUCCACAGGUACAGCUCCUGACCACAGGUACAGCUCCUGACCCCAGGUACAGCUCCUGA